CGUCACAAGUAGUCGCUUGAUUUACCGAGGUGGACGUGACGUCAGAUUUAAAGCAACAGGCAGGGGGUUACCCUCAGUGGCGCUUCAAGCUAGCAGGCUAACACGCGGCCAAGGAAAGCUUUGCUAAUCUGUUCAAUCAGCACUCGCCUGACAAGAAAAAGUCGCAAAAUUUAGCUCCCGGCGAUCCUGCGUGAACGCUGCCCACCGUCCCAUGCCUGUGUCUGCGGGGACGGGAGACAGUUAGCCGGGGGAGCCGAAGAGGAAAGCAGCGAGCAGCGCUGAUCAACAUGGAGGAUGAAGAGGUUGCAGAGAGCUGGGAAGAGGCGGCGGACAGCGGGGAAAUAGAGAGAAGACUUGAGGCUAAGCUGAAAAUAAAUCAGGAGGCAAAGAAAUCCAGUUUGGGUUCAGGUGGUUCACCUGUGCGAACAGCUAUUGUAAUCCAGGACGACUCUCUUCCUGCGGCACCGCCACCACAAAUUAGAAUUUUAAAGCGUCCUUCAAAUAACGGUACUGCAGGAAACCUUGCGUCCUCGUCCCGUCCCUCUCAGCAGAUGAAGUCUUUGGCGCAGCGGGAGGCGGAGUAUGCAGAAGCCCGGAGAAGGAUUUUGGGUAGUGCUUCCUCAGAUGAUACGCCUCAGGACAAUCCAUGCCAGGACAGGCCAGUUCGUGUGAGUGCGCAGCAACCAUCAGAACCAGUUCGUCCUAACAAUCACGUGAUCCGCCAGCCCACCGGCCCAGACGGCACCUCAGGCUUCCGACUCUGCAGAUAAACAGGAGCUGCUGCUGCUGCAAGGGAUCAGCUGUCUCCCUGAGAGGGCGUGAAGGGUGGCAGUUACUGGGGUUGUGCGUGGUGUGAAGAGCAGAGUGGUGGGGCAACACAAAAUUUGACAGACAUUAGAAAUAUGAAGACGCACCAUGGGGAUUGAGACGAACUAUGCCACCCUCUCUCUACUCUGCUUACUGGCAUGGUCUUUGCCUUUCGCCUUGUCUUUUCCCUCUGUGGAACGAUGCAAGGGGCUGGCAGAGAUCAGCCAAAGAUCCGAAACCCCUUCUGUUCCACACUGUGGACAGGCUUUUGCCUCACGUCCCUACACACUGUGAUACUUUGAUGUACCAUGAGGUGCCCUAUGAUUCUUACUCUCAUUGGCCGGCUGAGUGCCAGGGCAUCAGGUGUCUGUCCCUUCAGGGAGAGUAAGGAGAGCUCGUCAAUCUGCGGGAAGUCCCCGGAGACGUGCAAACGAGUGAGCUGGCCUUUCCACUGAAGGUAUCGGUGGGAAGUGGAGUCAGUCAUGGCUGUGUGUCCAUCGGGAAGCCGGGUUCGGUGGAAAUAAAGUGCUUGACAGUGCCGAGAGUUAACUAUGGGUUCAGCAGCUUGAGUGUAAGGUGAUAGAAAGUCAUACUGAUAUAGAUAGAUAUAUUCAGUAAAAGUACACUGUGCUCAGAAGUGUGUUUUAAUACUGUAGUUGCAUAGCAAUGGGAGCAGCCCAGACCAGCAUUUUCCACAGUCCAGAGGCCUCUGUUUGGCACUGGUGGCUAUAAAAGAAAUGUCCGGUGGGCACACAGCCUGUGGCCAAAGAUUAUAGAUCGAAAGGACAGAGUGUCAUUAAAUCUAAGCUUAUUCAAGCAAUAAUAAUGAAAUUACUCCCUGGGUUGUUUUGUUUUUUUACAUAUUGCCUAAUUAUCUGUGUUGUUUCAAAUCUUUUAUUUGAAACACUUAACAUUGUUUUCUCAAGUUUGUGUUUUUUUUUUUUUCUUUUUUAGUUUGAGACAUGUUUAAGUCAGGAGAUCAGUAGUUUAUAGGCGACUAGAUGAUGUAGCCUGCAUAGCUAACUUAAUUGGUAGUGUCAUAUAAAAUUUUUAUAAAAAUAGGAAAAGUCUGACCUAUUCAUGAAUUGAAAAUCUGAAGUGCAUAGUGAUGCAUUAAUGUCCCUGCUUGUGUUGCCUUGCUUAGCAUGGCUAAGUUGGAACUUCUCUUAUAGCCAACGACAACGCAGACUGGUUUGUUUUAAUAUAUUGACUGACUGUGUGUUAUUGAAAUGAUGGCUGGUAAAUUCUUCAAAAAUAACUUUUUGAUGGCCAGUGUGGAGGAUGACUCCACAUGACAACUGCUUCAUUUGGAAAACAUUCUGUCAGGGGAGUUUGUGCUGAAAACUACAAAAAAAAUCAUCUUUUAAUCGGUGUCCUUAAGUAUGAAGCCAAAUUCUACUGUCUGGUCUUUCCUGAAGUGUUUUUCACACAACAGGAUUUUAGACCAUUGUCGCCUCGUUUGCAACUGAUUGAAAAUAAAAGUUUGCAAACCUUGAAAACCAACAAUCUAAUCAAAUACUGACGAGUUAGCAGUACUGACAGUUACUGACAGGUUCGAAAUAAACGAUACCUGCAGCAAUUUUUGAACUUUUGACCCUUUUUAUGCCUUAAGUGAUAAAUGAUACCUGUGGUUACAUAAGUAUACUGUCCAACAGGAAGAGCUUGUUAAUCUAGUGCUGUUUUGUGCACUCGUGAUUGGUUCAUUAUUCCAUUGAAUAAACUCUACGUAACUGAGGCUCAGUUUAUAGCUGAACUAAGCAAGAGUUUUAGGAAGUAUAAAACCAGACAAAGUAAGAGUGCAAUAAUGCUUUUCUCACAGAAGUGCUCCGUGACUGCUUUCAGCAGAGUUUGUCCAAAUAGUUUCAGGUGUCAGUCAAAAUCAUUGAUUGGAAAUAUUCAUAGGACGUGUAGGCUUCACAGAGAGUAAUUAAUUGAAAUGGUAAAUUAUACACCUUGCGUUUAAACAGUAGUGAGCAAAUUCUCCAUGACGCAAACUUACAAAUAAAGCUGAAAAAAAAAACUGCAUUUGUACCACCUGUUUUAACCUCACCAACUGCUAAAAAUAAGACAUUUAAGUUCGGAUUGCAUCAUUAACUGAUGAUUUCUGGGAAAUGAAGUUACCUUUACAUUGCUCUUCAGUUGUCUAUUGCAGUUCCUAUAUCUCAGUAUUUUUAUUUUAUGAGAUAGUAUACACUGAGUACUUUUACAUGCACAUAAGUAUCCCAGUUUUGAGUCUUAUUCUGGUUUUGAUCUUAUUUGGGAUAUGACGUUUAAAUAUGUAAAUGAUAACAGUAUUCAGGUUUCUAACAAGUGGGCCUUAUCCAGCUCUCUGAAACCAGGAUGUGAUGUUUACAUGUGCAAACAACCUGAAUACUCAAAAAAAACAACAACCCCAAAACAAAUAAACAUCAUAACCAGCAUACUUGUGCGCAUGUAAACACUCACUGUUAGGAGGAGUGGACCAUCUCAUCAUGAAUACAUGCCCUUAAUACACUGUUCCCAAGGAUCAGGUUCAGUUAUUGAGAUGAAAUUGUUCUGUAAUCAUUUUAAACUGAUAUUGAAGAGUAAAUAACCAUCACCGCCACCACCUACAGUAGAUAACCAUCCUGUACCUGUGUGAUCUACCCAUGAAGCUUUGUUUCAGUCCUUUACAGCCGCCUGUCUAGUUUGAGGCUGACUUGAUGUCAUUGUUAUUUUGAGACUUGAAAACACAGAUGGAAAUUGAUUACCCUUUAAUAAAGACACUUAAAACAAA